UAGUUUGAAGAAGGGUAUCAAUAAAGUCGCGCCUUUAUCAUACAAGAAAAUUCCGAAUUAAGAAAGAAUAAUGGCAGGAAUCUACAAUUUUCUGUGUAUACUUGUAAUCACGAUGUUUACUAUUGUAAUAGCAGCAGAUUACUGCAACUUGAAAUCAUGCGAGAAAGGAAGUCAUACUAUGUGCAAAUACUCUUCAAAACCAGCAAAAGAAUGCGGACAAGUAACAAGUGUUGGGCUUACUGAUGCUGAGAAAACAGCUAUAGUAAAUAAGCACAAUGAACUGAGACAGAAAGUUGCAUCGGGUAAAGAAAAUAGAGGAAAACCAGGUCCGCAACCAAAGGCGGCUAGCAUGUCAACCAUGGCUUGGGAUGAAGAAUUAGAGAAGAUUGCACAAAAAUGGGUUAAUCAAUGCAUAACCGGUCAUGACAAGUGCAGAAAUGUAGAUAGAUAUACAGUUGGUCAGAACAUGGCCCAGUCAUCCUCUACAGGAAAGAACACAGCCACUGUAGAAAAUAUGAUCUUAUUAUGGUACGAUGAAGUAAAUGAUUUUAAUAAUAGUAAAAUUGAAAAAUAUGAAUUUGAGCCAAAGACAGGUCACUAUACUCAACUGAUCUGGGCAAAAUCAACAAAAAUUGGUUGUGGAAAAAUAGAAUUUAAGGACUCAAGCAACUGGAAUAAAAUAAACCUAUGUUGCAAUUACGGUCCACAUGGAAAUAUGAUCGGUCAGAAAAUAUAUGAAAUUAAAAAAUAAAUCCUAUUGAUUAAAGCUGUAAUAAAAGAGUAGUUUCAUAUUCUUUCAUAUAUAUGAAAGAA